AUGGGCUUGACAACCUCCUUAGACCUCCGUGGCGGCGACCUCGAUGAUGAUUAUGACUACACUGUACUUCCGGAUCCAAAUGAUCAAGACGCCCUGGUGGACCUACUCCUUUCUUUCGGCGUCCGGGGUGCGGAUAAAAACGUAGACGAAGGCUUUUGGCCAUACGCCAGGCUACGCAGGGUCAUGACGCGAGAGCGCGUGCUCCGCGCCCUUCGUGAGGAGUGUGGUUUCGAGGAAGCCGAGGCCCGUUACUGCUGCUCCAUGAUCAUGCCCGCGGAUAAACACCCCAGCACGACGAGCCUGGCGGUAGACUCGAUCAGAUGGAGCAAGACCGGGGAGACGCGCGCGUCCCAGCAAGCCAGCUACCUUCGCAUCUUCGCCAUCCUGAUUCUGUAUUCAAGGGGUUCCCUGGUGAGACACUUCAUCGAGCAGGGUGUUUCGGACCGCGAGCUGCCACUGAGGCUGGCCAUGGCUCCCACCGCUGGCCCCGGCCGGCGCAAUGUGGCCACCCCCAGGCUGGAGUGGCCCGCAGAGCCGGUCCCUCGGCCGCUGGACUGGUUUCAGCCGCAAGAGAUCAGGCGGUUCCUCUCGACGCAGUGGCCUUUUAUACCACCUUACUUCGCCCCAUCCGCCAGAGGGGACGUGGCGCACUACGAGAUACCCCCUGAAGCGAUCCUACCCUGGGUCAAGAUAAGCAGCGCCAAUGACGGCCAGUCGACGUGGACCGAGGGGGAGAACAGUGGCGGGUACGGGGUCGUCAAGAAGGUCAAGAUCGAUCGAGACUGCCACAGCCUAGAUGUGCUUUUGGGUUCGGCCUUUUUGCAAGACCAGUUUUUCGCCGUCAAAUCCCUUCGCAAGAGCGAUAUCGGUCAGUUUGAGAAGGAGGUCGAGAUGCUCAAAAGGUUCAGCGGCACCGCGCACCCGCAUCUGGUAACUCUUCUGGCCACCUUCGCCCACAAUGACUGCUAUAACUUUAUCUUCCCCUGGGCGCAAUGCGACCUCGACCAGUGGUGGUCUGGCAAGUAUCAGAUACCAACUCAUACGCCGCUGCAGUUCAGACAGUGGGUCGCAAAACAGAUGUUCGGCCUGGCCGACGCCAUGCACGCGAUCCACGAGCCCAGGCAGGGGAGCGACUUCCUCUUGCCCGAGGAGAAGAAGUAUGGGCGUCAUGGCGAUCUCAAGCCCGAAAACAUUCUCUGGUUCCUCUCGAACCAAGAUCCGCUAGGAAUCCUAGUGAUAUCCGAUUUCGGCAUCGCAGCCGUCCACCGAGACGUCAGCAGGUCCAACGUGCCCAACGAGAACCUCCCGUGUACACCGAGGUACCGGCCGCCAGAGUGUGACAUGGAUGGCGGGAAGAUCUCUCGAGCUUUCGACAUCUGGACCAUGGGCUGCAUAUUUCUCGAGAUGGCUGCGUGGCUUUUGGGCGGUGCCAAGGGUCGUGAAGAGUUCAAAAGGGAGAGGCGAGCGCCAUACCUGGCAAUGAUCAAGACAGACCUAUUCUUCGACAUCCAGGAGAUGCCAGCAUCAUAUGGAAUGACCAGAGGUCGCAGGAGGUUUGUCUUCUUGGUGAAAGAGGGCGUGGUCAAGUAUAUCGAAAAGCUGCACGCGCACCCGGCCUGCACGGGCUACUUGCACCACCUUUUGCAACUCGUGCACGACGAGAUGCUGGUGGUCAUGUCGCCGACGCGACAGCGCAUCCGGGCCCGCCCGCUCUCGGAUAGGCUUCGAAACAUGCGCCAGCGGGUGGAUCCAGCGUACCUCCUGCAGCCGCGCCCUUGGCCUGGGUGUAGAAUCGAGCGGUAUCCGGCGGUCGAGGCCCCCCUGAUUCCCAACGCGCGGAGGAUGCUCGCAGCACAGCCAGGGCGGGGUCUGGCGGUUUUCACCAACGGCGCGACCGAGGCCAUGACCGUGUCGCACUUUAGCGACCUUCAGGGGGAUUAAGGUCUGCACAUAUGCUCAUGGGCGGGCGAGGCAGGGUUGGGAGCGGGCACUAUUUGGGAGAGUGAAGUAGCCCGUCUAUCGUUUGGUUUUGUUGCCGUCGUAGUCUCCAUCUCGAGAAUCGAUACCCCGAACACAAAAAGAAGCACUCGGCAUUAGACAUGGA